CGUUUCCCCAGCUGGCGGGAGGCAGAGAGGGGCGCCCCCGAUGCCGCCGCCACGCAAGGGGCUGGUCUGCGUGCUGGAGCUGCACAUCCGCGCGGUAACAUGCCCAGGUGUUACACUAAAAGCCAGAGAUGACCUCUACAUCAGUGCCUGUAUUUUUGGACAAUAUAAGAAGACUUCAUGUGUCCGUGCAAUAUUUCCCCUUCUAUUUGAUGAGAAACUAAUAUUUGAAAAGGUAUAUACUGAUGUAGUUGACCCAGGAGACCUUGUUGAACUUUUUGAAUUCGACACAGCAGUACUUGAAUUAAUACAAACUGCUCCUCCAGUGGGAGAAAUUCUAGCUUCAUAUGAAGAAAAUACAAGAGAGUUCCUUUUCCCUGCUCCUAAGUUUAUCCAUGGACACAGAGGGUCAGUUCGUGAAGUUUUAAUGAAGAAGACCUAUGGUUUUGCAGGAAUUGCACCAAAAUUGAAGUUUUACACGACUUGUCUUAUUUCUGAAAGCCUGUUAAGUUCAGAAAAAGCUCAAAAGCAGGAUAACUUAGAUUGGCUACGCCAUUCAUCUACAGAUAGAACACCACAGACAAGGUCACCAAGAAAGAACACUUCCUCACCUGAAAGAAAUAGGAACUGCUUAGCAACAAAGAGCUAUGAGCAGCCUACAAUAGCCUCUCUUUCCCGAUCUCCAUCUCCUUACACAAAAAGGCGAAUGUGCCAGCUCCUGCAAGUCAGACAACGCCUGGCCCAUUUAGACUUAGGGCCUUUUGAUUUCAGAAAAGAAACAGAUCGACCUCCAUUUGUAAUUCGACAUCCUGAACAGAUGCCUCCAUCACCUGAUGUUCAUAUUUGGUGUUGCCCUCGGGAGGAUACAAAAGAUGAAAAUGUCUAUGAUCCUACCUUUCUUGGCAGUUACAGACCAAAGAAUACUAAAAUUAUUGGGUUGCCUCCUGAGAAAGACUUUGAUGGUUUUCCUGAUGGCUAUGAUGAGCACUUGAUCUCAAGUAUAGCUGGUAGGCAGUUUCAUUCAACUCAUCUGCUAAUGCAUUCGGCACCCCCAUCACUGCAGAAGUAUUCUUCGACUCCUGUGUUAAAUCGCUCAUCUCUUAGAGAAAGGUUUCAUUCUGGUUGGAACACUCCAGUAAAUGGAGAAGAAAUCCACAAGCGAGUGAAAAAUAUUUUAAGAACGCACAGUGCAAGGCAAAGGCUAACAUUUGAUGAGAAUUGUUUUUCAAAAGGAGAGUUUGCUAAGACAAGAGAUUCCAGUAAGACAGCAGAUUCCAGUAAGAAAAGAGAAGUUUCGUGUAGAGAAUCUUUAAGCAACAGUGAACUUCAGAGCUGUUCAUCCAUACGACAGAGCAUCAUGGUUCAUCUGGAUAGUGGUGACUAUUGGACCAGUCAAGCUGCUGAAUAUAAAAACAAACCUCACAGAGCAAUCUUUGAAGACAGCCUGGAGAAAAUCUAUCGGAACAUGUACAGAAAAGCGUCUGGUUCCAUUUCAAAGGAUAAAUAAAUAAGCUUCUGAUAGUGCUACAAGUGAAAACAAACAGUAUAAAAGAUCAUAUUUUAAAUGAAAAUGUUGUUUGUCUAACCAAAGUUUGUAUUCUACUUUUUUUACCUGAAAUGUUUUUACAUGGGCUUGUGAAAUUCUGAGGCUGGGACUCCCAAUAGGGAAAUAAAUAACAUCUGGAGGAUUUUAAAUAGGGUGUAUUCUUUGCUUAUGGGAUUUAUAGCCAUGUCAGUGUUUUUGGCAUUUCUCAAACAUUCAGCUUUAAAUUAGGAUGAAUUUGCAUGCUUAUUCUCCACACAGCUGAUGAUAGUUUUGCAUAGGCAUUGUGCCUCUCUAAUAAUACGUGCACACAUGGCAACUUUUCCCUACCUAUUGCUUUCAGUAAUUUGUCUUUAGUACUGCUGCUGAAAAGUAUCCACUGGGCCGCUUUUCAAUGGUGAUGCUGUCAGUAUUUUGCUGAAAAUCUGUAGUUCGUCUAUGCAUGUGAGCGGUGAGGAGUGGAGCAGGAUAGUCUGAAAAAACAUGGACUGUCUCAAGGUGGAUGAAUGUGUCAGUUCACCCUAAUGAACAGUAAUGAACUAGUUAUCAGGAGAAGAACUUGCAACCAUUACCAAAACAAAAUCA